AAGGGACCAAGGUUGGAGACCCCUGGACUAGAAAAGGUCUCUGUCUCUCUGUCUCUCUCAUCCUUUGCAAAAGAAACGUGCCGGGUGCGCGCGUCACUCCUUUUAAGGGCGGUGAGAAAGGCCAGGACGCCCCACUUAGGGAAACACAAGGGGCGGAGCUGCGCUGCAAGGCUCAGGUUUCCCCAGGUGCAACCCAAGCCUGUUCCAUGUAGCGGCUGGACCUGACGCUGGAGUCGGCGAUGCGCUGCCCAGCCUAGUGUAGGGGAGGACUAGACUUAGACUGCGUUGUUAUAGAUUGAGGCAGAAGGGCAGAAAAUGGAUCCUCUUGGAUUUCCUGGACACUCCAGUCAGAUCCAGCUUUCUGGAUGCUUGACCAGAACAAUGCGAGAAAAUGGCUGUGGCCCGGUUGGAAAGUAGUUUGGCAAAGCGCUUCUUAAGAACUGGCGGCUCAGGAAAGAUCAGAUCAGAUCAGAUCCGAUUAAAGAAAAAGUGGGAAAUGGCAGAGCUUCUCUCUGGAAGUGGGGGGUUGAUUGGGAAUUCCUAUACUUUCCGGGCAAAAGUCAGAGGCACUACGCAAAAGGAGUCUUGGCAGUCUUAUCCCAAAUCACUAUAGUUACCAAGAUGAGCUUCUUGCCAGAUGUUGUUUGGUGGGAGAAGGUAAAACAUAAGGGUUGGAGACGAGACAAACGACAGGUGAGUCUUCACAGCUUUCUAAGAAAAUUUUCAUGUCAGAUUGAUGUUAUACAGCCUCCCCAGGAAUGCAAUCUGGGUUUAAGGGGCUUCAAGUCACCGGUUGAUUCCCGGUGAUUGCCUAGGACAGUGUUUGCAACUUGCCUUCUUCCUAAAGCUGAGAGUAACUGUCCCAGGGUUGCCCAGCUUAGCUUUAAACCCAAGGCAUAAAUCAGUCUCCUCUUCUAGCCCGGUGUAAGAGGAAGGGCCUCUUAAAUAAAUACCACUUGGCAGGGUGGAAUUCAACCCUUGCUUCUAACACAGAACCCUUGCUUCUAACAUAAUUCUGGGAGUUGAAGUCCGCCAGGCUUAAAGUUGCCAAGGUUGGAGACUCCUGAUCUAGAGUUCAUACAAUGGUUUUCAGAACAGCAACACAGAUAUGCAUGGUUUGCUUUAGAAAAUGAGAAGAUGCAGUUUUGCCCAUUUCAUGUAAAUGCGCCUUCUGGUUUAUUCGUGCAUCCACUCUGCUCUUGUUCCGUGGAGGUUUGUACCUGAACCUGAAGUUGCAGUUUUCUGGUUUGCAAGGAAAAUCUCUUUGAUUUCCACCUAUUGUUGGAGUAUGAGCGGAAACGCCUAUUCCUCUCAGUGGAAGUUGUGGGGUGGGUCUUAUGAGCUCUUUGAGUUAGUUUGCGGCAACCUGAUUUGGCAAACAGGGUGGGGAAUUGGGAAUAAUUUAUUGUAUUUAAAAUAUGGCGUUGCAAUAGGAAUUCAUGAUAUAUAGGUCAAGAAUAGCUCCCUUUCAAAGGAGCUUGGGGGUGAACAGACAUUUUUAAACUCCACUGAGUCUACUAAUCCCUUAUUCAGUAGACAAUUGAACUCAGGACUUAUAUUUUAACUAUUAUACCAUGCAGAUUUCUAGGUAUAUCUCCUAAUCAGUUACAGACAUAUACAAAACAGUUCAUAUAUAAGAACUGGUGGAACCAGAAAAUAGACAAAGUAAUAGAAAAUGAAGGUAAAAUGCUCUGUGACUUCAAACAGACAAGCACACACACAACAUCUCAGACUUAUCUGUUCAAGGCAAAAAAGUGGCUAGUGAGUGUGGCACUACCUGGAGACAGCAGAAGAGAAGGAACUGGAAAAAAAUCACAAAAUAACAAAGACCUGCAAAUAGAAAUUGAAGGACUGUCUAGUUGAUAUCCUUUGUUUCUUGAGAGUUGAGCCAAGAAGAGAGGCACUUCUUUGUGGACCCAGUUUAGUUGCAACAGAUUACCAACCAUGAAAGCAACCUGCCCCUUCCAGCUUUGCUUGCUCCAGGUUUGGUUAGCCAUGACAUCAGAUGUCUGUGACAUCAGAAAGAGAUCCCAGGGUAGUCACAUGUCAGAUAAGCUGAAAUGGCCAAAAUAGUUUUGUACAUCAGUUUGCAGUCUGCUGGACCAGUGCCUUGUGAUCCUGAGAUGAGUCUUCAGAAUGGGGAUUUGCCAGGGCAGUCUUCCAAAAUCCACUAAGCCCUUGAAGCAUGAACUAAAAGAAAAGUUGAAAGACUCUAUCAUCAUCUUUAUGUUAGGAGGUCCUGGCUCUGGUAAAGACGUGCAGAGUAUCCGACUAGCUAGCAAAUACGACUUCUCCCAUGUGUCUAUUGGAGAGCUGCUGCGAGAAGAAGCCAGCAGAAAUACUAACAAAGGCAAAGCCAUUAGGGAUAUCCUGCUGAAAGGGGCUCUGGUGCCCUCGGGCUACAUCUUGGAACUGUUGACUGACAAGAUGUUAAAAGCUGAAAAUUUUAAAGGAUUCUUUAUUGAAGGCUUCCCCCGAGAAAUCAAUCAAGCCAGGCUGUUUGAGGAAGUUGUAGGACGUUUGCCCAACAUUGUUAUAGUGUUUGACUGUUCUACAGAGACUAUGAUCCAGCGGCUGAUGAUCAAAAACCAGCUGGGCCAAAGACUGAAUGACCAUGAGAAAAUUAUCCGGCAGCGGCUUGACACUUACUUUACAUUAUGUGACCCUGUCCUCACCUACUACCUGCAGAAAAGCAUACUCCGGAAUAUCCUUGGGGAGGAACCCCCAGAAGUAGUCUUUGCCAAGUGCUGCAGUGUUGUUGAUGAUGUGAUAAAAGCAGCUACCUCUGUGGUAUAGCUAUUUAGUUCUACAGAAAAAUAAAAUUAAGCUCUGGUCUAUUA